GGGGAAUAUCCCUCUGUUGCUUAAUCGUAUAACCAUCUGAGCUUUGUCGCUCUUCAACGUCAUCAGAUUGAGUUGGAAGUAAACAAGAGAUGAGGUUUAUCCCUUGGAAGUUUGGUUUAGCGAUAUUUCUGUUAUACAACUUAUUAAAGUUGUGUAAUAGUCAUGGACACGAUCAUUCUGAGUCUCCUUCCUUUAAAUAUACCAGAGAAGCUAAUGAGCCUCAUCACGAUGUAAAACUUGAUAACUUUAAAACGGACACAGUUAGAAGUCAAAGUUUAAUAUGGUUGGAAGCGCUUCUUUCCACGCUUUUAAUUAGUAUAGCGCCUUUUGCCAUUUUAUUUUUCAUUCCUUUAGAUAACAGUACAAAGCAUAAGGAUCUGUUAAAAGUUUUUCUCAGUUUUGCCUCAGGAGGAUUAUUGGGAGAUGCAUUCUUGCAUCUUAUUCCUCAUGCUUUAUUAGCUAAAAUGAAAGAUGUAAAUGAACAUAGUCAUCAUCAUCAUCAUCCAAGUCACCACCACCACCACCACCACCAUCAUCAUCAUCAUGACCAUCAACAAGAAAAUGAUAGAGAAAUUCAUUUUCAUGAUUUGAGUAUUGGGUUGUGGGUAUUAGCUGGUAUUGUUACAUUCUUAACUGUUGAAAAAUUUAUUAGAAUUGUUAAAGGUGGGCAUAGCCAUAGCCAUAACAUUGAAAAUUUAAAUAGUAUUAAUAAAUUGGAACCAAUAGAUAAUGAGAAAAGGGAAGACGACGAAAACAUUCCUAAAAACUGUAAAGAAACUAAUGAGACCACUUCAAAUGAGAAAAAUAUUGAUAAUUUAAAAACAGAAAAUAAGGAAACUUCUGAAUUGCAUGAUCAUUCUCAUUCUGAUAAUGAUUUUAAGAUUGCUGGUUAUUUAAAUCUGGCUGCUGACUUCACCCAUAAUUUUACUGAUGGAUUAGCAAUUGGAGCUUCUUUUCUUGCUGGAAAAAGUGUAGGGAUCAUCACUACAACUACUAUAUUUCUUCAUGAAGUCCCACAUGAAAUUGGAGAUUUUGCUAUUCUUAUUCAGUCAGGAUGCAGUAAAAAGAAGGCAAUAAUGUUACAGUUAGUUACAGCAGUUGGUGCUUUAUCUGGAACUGUCUGUAGUCUUCUUGCAAAUGGAGUAGGAGACACUGCUACAACAUGGAUAUUACCUUUUACUGCUGGAGGAUUUAUUUAUAUUGCUACUGUUUCUGUGAUUCCAGAACUAUUAGAAGAUACUAAAUUUUGGCAGUCGGUAAAAGAGGUAGUUGCAUUGUUAUUGGGAGUAAUAAUGAUGAUUUUAAUAGCUGAGUUUGAAUAAAUAAAAUGUUAUUUUUAUUGUUAUUUUAUUUCAUCUAAUUGUGAUGAACAUAUGAAUAUUGAACAAAAUUUUUCCAUGUAUGAGACCAUUGUGCAGCAAAAUAAAUUAUAAUUUGUUUCAUUUCAAUAUAAUAUGUAAUAAAAAUAAUUUUUUU